GAUCACUCUGCACAAAUACAUGAACACGGCUCACCAACAAAGGAUCCAUCCACGAGGAUUGCUCAAGAAGAAAUUUGGGAAUCAAAAGUAUAUACGUUCACUCCGGGGAAGGGACACCGAUAAUUACAAACACCCAAGAGAUCCAGGGACAGCAAGAAAGGAUGGAAGUUGAACCGCAUACGGUUCAGAUUCUGUCGACUGUUGACCUAGACUUGUUAGCCAAAGCACUUGCGAGAUUAAUCUUGGUAUUGAAGCAGAGGAUCAGGAAAUUUGACCGGACUGUCACUUGGGACAGAAAGAAGGUCUCAUCGCAGUUCGAAAGUGAGGUUCAUCGAAUCAAGACGAUUCUUUUACCAUCCAUACCAAGGAAGCUACAUCGGCUAUGCGAUUUGUUAUUUGAUUCGGUCUAUCUGCAAAAACUCGAAGCUCCUCAACUUCAAGACGGGAUUAAAGUCCUGAAAGAACUUGAAAAUAUCGUCCAUAAAAUAUCCUCUUCAAUCGACUCGUUUGUGGUUGAUGAAUAUCAAUUCUUUUCAAACCGUGACGCUGAGCGAUGGAAACAAUAUCGAUCGGAACGCGCCCAAUCAAAACUCGCCGAUUCGUUCUUCAACCUGAGAUGCCUACUCCUGCUUUAUUCUGACCUACUACCGCAACUUGGGGGCAUGACCAUCACGAGGCACGAGGCAAAACAGAAAUUAAGAGAACUGAUUGAUUAUAUCCACUUUGAGGAGGAGCGCGAAGAUGAUCGCAUUGCGUGGUUUGAUAUGUCCGAGCUCUCUGCCGUGCAGGAACACUGUGGAGAGAUGGCUGAAGAACAAGGAAAAUUGCUCCAGGAGUUGGUCGAGUUUCCAACCCUUCACAAAGAUAUACAUGUCCAACCACUCCGUGAAUUCAUCCCGAUUCUCAAGCUAUCACGACUAUUCUUCAACAAGAUUUCCAAGCCAACCAGUGACGAAUCUCAUCCAAUAACAAGCAUGAACACCGAUCAGCGUUUGAAUCUCAUCAAUCUCGUCGCCUCCAUCCCUACUAAACUCACCAAGUUUUACGACGAAAUGGAAUGUAACUACGAGCCCACACAAAAUAUCGAUCUAAGCAAAGUCUCUGAUCUCGGCAAACUGUUCCAAGCUCCUCUCAAUCUUUUAACCAAUUGUCUGAGUGAUCAAGGUACAAACCCAAACUCCCCUCAAGAUUCGAUUUCAAAAUUGAUUUUAUGGUAUGCCAAUUGGCAAUGUCACUUCUUUGUAGCCGUUAGACGUUUUUAUAUUGCUUACACAGACGCCUAUUCUAAUUUUUUGAUUGUGAAUUAGUCUUGAUUCAUUGGGGGGGAGAGAGAGACUUGACUGCCGAGCAAUAAACGUGCAGACUUGAAAUUUUUCUAUCUGUUUCAGUCUUCCUUAUUUAUUUAUUUAUUUAGUUAUCUGUCUGUUGUUACACCACCCCUUUUUCUUUCAAAUGUUUGACAGGAUGAGUAUCCUGGUUAUCUAUUUGA